ACAAUUGGAAGUGAGUGGCAGGCAAGCGAGCAAAAUUGAAACCAUCCCCUCCAGGUCAAUGGAAAAAUUGUCUUCCACGAAAACGGUCAUUGGUGCGAAAAAGGUUAGGGACUGCUGGGUUAGAGGUCUCAAAUUCGCUGCCUGUAAGCCGCAUCAUCUCUCUGUAUAUUUUUUCCACAUUUUAACAACCAUGCUUUGUCCAUGCUGAUUUUGAAAAUAAAUUUCCUAUCAACUAGGAACCAAGGGCAAACGUUAGGAUUCUGGUUUAUGGAAAAUGCUGCAAGCUAUGUGCCCAAAUUUUAAAUCAUCUUUUCCCACCUUUCAAAAUGAUGACCGUCGUUAGACUGCAGAAAUUGAGAGAGCAACAUAGAAUUUUCUGUUUCUUUGAGAUCUACACUUGGUUUGGAUUUUUGCAACCCAGAUAACAGCAGACCUAGGUUAGAUGUGAAUAAGACUGAUUUGUUUAGAUCUGACUAAGAGUCAAGUUUGUUGAUUUAUUUUGUUUGUUUUGUUGGUUGUUUAGAGGGGUUUUGUUUACUGAUUAGAGCAGUGUUUCUCUACUUCACCAACUUAAAUCUGGGUAGAUGUCAACUCCCAUGCCGGCUGGUGAAUUCUGGGAGUUGAAGUCCGCAGAGGUUUAAAUUAACCCCGGUAACAUUGGAUUAGAGAAAGACGUAUCACUUAAAGGCCACCAAAUAUCCCUCUGAGCUAAAACUUCUGUUUGAGUCUCCUUCAGCUUCUAGGAAGGAAUUGUUGAAACACAUCGUAGAAAUAAUAACCGAUAUUGUUGUGGUUUGCCAGCAGCCUGCAGAGCUGGCAAUGGAGUCGGACAGCGAUGAGGCUGAGGAAGAAUAGGGGCCAGUCCUGGAGACUGGAGAAGGCCCGGAUAUGGGUUCUGCAUCAGAGGCAUAGGUGGGGCCACGGCCAUCAGGGAAUGAGGUGCGGAUUCCAGAGCCUCCAGAGGCUGACAGUAGUGAGGCAGAGGAACAGGAGAAGCCUGUUCCUAAUGCACACAUGAGAAGAGCUGCCAGAAGGCAAGAGCAGCUCAAACAAAGAUGACGACUCGGGAGUAGGGCCAAGAGAUGAUUGGCCCCUCCCAUAAGGCUUGAAAGACCAGCAAUGGCGUUUGGGCUCUUUGCCAGAAAACAAUGUGAUAGCCUUGUCUUGUUGCAUUUGUUUUGUAUUGGUGUCUUCUGAACUUUUGCCGUGAAAGGCCUUUGGCGGUUUGCCUAAUUGGACUAAGGUUGGUGAUAGGACUGAGGAAUUGUGUUGGGAGGAAUUUACCUUAAUUUAGUUGAACUUCACUGAGAAUGAGUUAAUUCUCAGCUGCUCUAACAAAGUUCGUUUGUUUUUACAUUGAGUUUCCUACUACCUACUUGGGCCUGGGUCACAACAGAUAUAUCUUUCUUUUCAGGGGCUGAGUUCAACCCUGUGACACAGACUUGAGGUACGAGGCACAGCUAGACUUCCAAUCUUAGCAGUGGUGUUUCCAUGCCAACCUCCAGCCUGCCCUGUGUCUUGCCUUGAUUCCAGAACCCUCCGCUUUGGCUGGCCUUGUUCUGAAAGAGGACCAGUUGCUUCGGUAACCAGAGAGUAGCCAGGACUCUUCCAUGUUGUCGUGGGCACCAUGUUGAACCCUCAUCGCCAGUCUGUGCUGACCAAUGCCUGUAUCAAGCCCUCAGUCGAUCCCAUCACCCGGACCCCUGGCACCAUCUAUGAACCAAAGGGGCAGGUCCGACUUUUGGGUCUGCUUUCAGAGAAUACCUCGUCGCAGCAGGAGGACUACCUGGAUGCUGGCGAUGGACUGCUUAUCUGUAUGAAACGCGCUAAGAAAAAAGCCCUUCGCCCUCUCUUGAAGGACUGCUGGGAACCCGAACAAGACGUCCCCGAUGUCAGCGAAGCCUCAGAUGUCGACCCUGAUCAAGACGUAAACAAGCAGCUGGAGCCUGCCCCACAGGAGCAGCAGGGCCAUGAACCUCCGCCUCCCGAACACCCCAGAAUAACCCCUCGCCAGGGCUCCUUCCCCUUUCACUGGAUGUGGGAGAGCUUUUCCAUCAAAGGCCAGACCAUCUGCCAAGACCAGGUUUUGGAUAAGGCCAAGAAGCUGACUUUGCCACGAGCUGUGACCGCCCCACCCCGCGAGACCCUUUACAACCCUGACACCAUCUUGGGCUGCCCGGCUCCCAAAGAGAGCCAUAGCUUGGGAGUCCACAAGUCUUCCCGAACCCCUGAGGUCCCUUGCAGCAGGCCCCAGAGGUACUUGCCGCAUAUGGGCUUGGUUCCUCGAAGUUCUCUCCUGCCCCUCUUCUGGAAGAUGGAGGCCCGGUCAGAAGCUCGGAAGCGACAGCUGCGCCAGGAACGUCGGCACUGGUUGCAUCUCACCCAGCAGCUCCUGAACCUGGAAGGGCACCGCCACUCGCGAGAAAAACCCCUCUCGCUCGAGGAGCUAGAAGAAAAACUCCGAGCGGAGAUGCUCUGCUUAGCUACAGAGCCCGAAGAGCCCGUCCCUCAAAAGGAGAAAAGGAAAUCCAAGGCGCGCAGCCCGACACCCAAGGAGGAGCCGACCUUCAAGCCGGUCAUUAAUCAAAAGGUGCCUAACUUCAAGCAUCUGCAAAAGCGCUUCCAAGACCAACUGCUGCAGAAGAAAGAACAAGGAAAACUGACCGUCUGCAAGCCGUUCCACCUUCAUUCCAGUAGCUCUCAGCCUCUUUCAGAAGACCAGGAAAAAAAAGACCAGGAAGAUUUAUUUCAAGACCUCCGGCGGCUUUGGAGCAUACAUUGGAGGGUCCAGUCUUGUCCAGAUUUUGAACCGUCAUUGGCUCAUCAAGUGAUGUCCACCAAGACAUCUGAUAAAAGACAGGAAGCUAACAGGUUGCUUUUGCUGGAAUGGGAACGUCGAGAACAGCAGGAGAAACACAGGGCUGAGCUGCGCAGAUUGAAGGCGCAGCACAUGCAGCGGGAAGUGGCCAAAUGCUUGGCAGCUUACCGGAAUAAAGGAUGCUCCGCGUCUUUCCAGAAAAGGCGGGAAGAACUCAGGAAGCAAGAGAAACAGCGCAUGGAGGAAUAUAUGAUCCAGCUGCAAGAGAUCCAGGAUCGUGUAGAGAACCGUCCGUAUUUGUUUGAGAGAGUCAUGCAGACAAAUGCCCGCCAGGCAGUGGAGCGCCGUUUCUCCAAAGUGUUGGCCGCCCUGGGCAUCGACGAAGAGAUGCUAUGGAAACAUGCAGCUCGGCAGUCUUUAGGGAAAUAUGGCAUCAAAGACAUGUAUCAGAGCACCGAGUCCUCGGAAGAGUUCCAAAACUCGAUCUGAGAGGAAGAUAGAAUGGAUAAAGGAAGCCAUUUGGACCACCAGUUCCCCUUGCGUCCUGGACCUGUAAUCCUAGACCAUUUAAAAAUAAAUCUAACGUUGAGAAGCAGAGGAGCCCAGC